AUGAAUUCUUCUGCUGGCUCGGUGUAUGAGAACUUCAAUGUCACCCUGCCUAUUCAGAAUGUUACUCCUAAGGACAGCUUCAGCUCUGCUCUUACCAAAAACAUAGUAGCCAUGCUAGUGUGGUUAGCCCUCAGUGUCCUCAACGGUAGCAUGGUGUCCACUUUCCUUAGACACAGCUUUUUCUAUGAAGACCCACGCUACAUCAUGUUUAUUUGCAUGGUUGUUAAUGAUGCGGUUCAGCUGACAUUGGUAACAGGUUUGUACAUGGUGAGCUAUGUAUUCUCUAGGAUCCUGGCAUCUGCCUGCUGUCCUCUUAUCAUGACAGCUGUGCUGACGACCCGCUCUACUCCUCUCAUUCUUGCUGGGAUGGCCAUUGAGCGCUAUAUUUCCAUCUGCUUCCCCCUUCACUAUGGUCAUAUGUGCACAGUGCAGCGCACCCUCUGGCUGAUAGGGAUCAUCCUGGUCCUAAGUGCUGCUCCUCCCCUCACUGACCUCUUUGUAACUCUAAACAAAGAGCCUGCUUCCUUCUUUUAUACCUUGAUAUUUUGUGACCAUACACAGCUAUUCCGUGACCGCUCCAUCUACUACAAGAACUGUGCCUUUGACAGUGUGUAUUUUUCCUUCGUCUUUCUGGCCUUGCUUUAUACAUAUUGUAAGAUAAUGCUGACAGCACGAGCAGCCUCCACUGACCUGGUGUCAGUGAAGAAGGCCCGGAACACAGUGCUGCUUCAUGGUGUACAGCUGCUGCUCUGUAUGCUGGCUUUUGUGGUGCCAUCCAUGCAGGCACCGCUUAUCCAGCUGUUUCCACAGUAUGGUCUAGAGAUACGCUAUGUCAAUUUUCUGCUGGUAUACAUCAUUCCACGAUUUCUUAGUCCUAUGAUCUACGGGUUUAGAGAUGAGAAAUUCCGGAAAUACUGGGUUAGGUACCUGUCUAGGGUCAAUAGGGUUAAGCCGGCUGAUCAAUUUUCACAGAAACCAAGAUGA